AUGACUGGCAUUAUUCAAAUGAAUAUGGCCCAACUUUCUGUUUUCGUUGUUUCAUUCUUCUUCUCAAGUAGAAGCAAUUAUAUAUUGCAUGUCUGUACUGAAGAAUACAUAUAUAUUCAACAAGAUUUUAACAACUGCUCAUUCUCACAAACACAGAUAGAGCUGACUCCAGAACUCCUCGAUUUCAACAACGAUUUUGUUCUUACAGACACUAGAACCGAUCUUUUUGAGCCACCUGAUCCUCUCGACACUCUCAAACAUGAACCCUUUCUUCUACAAGAGUUUGAAUCCUACCACUGCUCCAAAUGCCAAAAGCCUUACUAUUUCCAAGACUACUAUUCGGAGUAUGAGCACACGGGUUUAUCCUGUGGUUAUAUCCCAAACCCUAGUAUGCUUCAAGAUUUUUCUUCGCCAGAAGUUAUGGUGACUUCAUUAAUACAUGAUUUUUUAACUGCUCCACCAGUUGAUAGUGGUGAAAGUUCUAAAAGUAUAGGGAAGAGGCCAAUUGACGGAAGCUUGUCGGCACAGAGCAUUGCUGCUAGGCAGAUGAGGAGGAAAAUUACUGAAAAAACUCAGGAGCUUGGAAAACAUAUUCUCGGCGGCCGAAAUGUGAACACUGCUGAAAUAUUCCAAGCUGCGUACAAAUACAUCAAAUACUUGCAAGCCUAG